UAUGUGGAUAUGACAUCAUGUUUGCAUAAAGAAAACUGAGCCAGAGUUUGUAUAUAUGUUUCUGCUGUAUAUUCAAAAAAGACAAACUUUUCAAUUCAUGCAAGUGAGAUUAAUUACCAUAAUAUGUUGUUAUCAUUUAAAUGUGUGUAAAUUGUAAACUUCAGGUAGAUGCACCCAGUGCAAAGAUGAGCCAGGGACAGAUUCCAGUCUGCAAAUUUGCAUGUCAGUACAGAGCUGUGUCCUAUAUGCCAUGAUGAGUUCCCUGUCAGCACCAUAGAAGAGCAUGCUGCAAGUUGUUGUGAGAACCAGCUGUCUAAUCCCACCCUUGCUAGGACUCUUGAUGCAGAAUUAGAUGCCAUAGCAGCAAAGGUUGGAGACAGUAAUGAAAACUGGCUAAUCAAUGUUGUGAGGAGAAAUUUCUUUAAAACAACAUUUGAAGAACUAUCGGAUGCUUUGACAAUUGACUGGGAAAAACCUAUAAAAAUUCACUUCAUAGGAGAAGAAGGCUUAGAUGCAGGUGGCUUAACCAGGGAGUUUUUCAGCUUGUUGUUUAGGAACAAUGACCUUUUUGAAAAUGGAUCAUUCAGAUUAGAUUCAGGCCUGCUUGAAAAGAAGACCUAUGAAACAAUGGGAAGAGCUACUGCACGUGCCAUCCUCGCAGGACACCCAGGCCCAAAAUGUUUUAAUCCAUUGCUGGCCAGGUUCAUUUGUACUGGUGAAGAACCAGAUCUAGCAGAUAUACCAGAUGAAUAUGUUGGAAGGCCUGAUGUGUUAGCAGCCAUACAAGAGAUCUCAACAGACAGUACGGGAUCUGGAGACCUUGUUCAAAGACAUGGUGAUCUGCUGGAGCAGGCGGGCUUUAGAAAAGUUUUGUCAUCAUCAACUACCAGUGAAGCUGUACAUGCUCUGAAACAGCACUUCACCUUUUAUCAUGUGAUUGGACCACUUCUUCAAUUCAGACAAGGUUUGAAACUUCUUGGUGUUCAAACUGCCAUCCAGGGACAUGCUGAGGAGAGUAUAAAGUUCUUUACCACAUCUCCAGUUAGUGCGUCGGAUGUACAAAGUUUCUUCAAACUGACUUACACACCAGAUAGCGAAUUGAAGCCAAGGGAAGAAAUGAUCAUGUAUAACUUUGGGAAAUUCUUAAAGAAAGCGGAACGCGGAACACUGUCCACACCAUGGAUUGAUAUUUACGAUGGAGUUGAGACACAGCGGUGA